UCUUACUUGCCUUGUUUCAUUAUUUUUCAAUUCUUUCUCAUUUUCUUCCAGAUCUUGAUUUUGUAACUGAAACCCAACUCCCAAAAUCCAAUCUUGCUGUUAAAGAUUGGAUUUUUGGGGUCAAACCAUCUAUUUAUACCUUCAAAAUUUCUGUUUUUUUUUUCAGUUAAAAGAUCGGAUUUUUUUGGGUAGAUGGGUAUAGCAAGUGUCCAAGAAAAUGGACAUGGGGAAAUGGGUCUGUCAGAUUUUCCAUUGGGGAGCAAGAACAAGUACAAGAGAAUGGAUUCUGAAUUUACAGAUUAUGAUGGAGAUGAUAAUCAUAAUCAGUUGGAAAGCAGGAAAAAGAGUACUAGAAAAUAUGUUUAUGGUUGUGCUGUUUUUGCUUCUCUUAACAAUGUCCUCCUUGGUUAUGAUGUAGGUGUCAUGAGUGGAGCAAUCUUAUUCAUUCAAGAAGAUUUGAAAAUAACAGAAGUUCAACAAGAAGUUCUUGUUGGUGUUUUGAGCAUAAUUUCACUUUUGGGUAGCUUAGCUGGUGGAAGAGUGUCGGAUGCGAUUGGUAGAAAGUGGACAAUGGGGUUAGCUGCUGUUGUUUUUCAAAUAGGUGCAGCUGUAAUGACUAUUGCUCCUUCAUUCGAAAUACUAAUGGUAGGAAGGAUUUUAGCUGGGGUUGGCAUAGGCUUCGGCGUCAUGAUUGCACCCGUCUAUAUAGCUGAGAUAUCACCAACUAUUGCUAGAGGCUCACUCACAUCAUUUCCUGAGAUUUUCAUAAAUCUAGGAAUUCUACUCGGUUAUGUAUCUAAUUAUGCAUUCUCCGGUCUUUCAGCACAUAUAAGCUGGCGGAUAAUGCUUGCUGUUGGAAUUCUUCCCUCAGUCUUUAUUGGAGUCGCUCUCUUCAUCAUCCCGGAGUCACCAAGGUGGCUGGUUUUGCAGAACCGAGUAGAAGAAGCAAGGUCGGUUCUAAUGAAAACAGAUGAAAAUGAGUCGGAAGUUGAGGAGAGACUAGCCGAGAUACAACAAGCUGCUGGAACCUCAAACACAGACAAACCUGUCUGGCGUGAAUUGUUGAGCCCCUCUCCUGCUCUACGUAGGAUGCUGAUCACAGGUAUUGGAAUUCAGUGUUUCCAACAGAUUACUGGAAUUGAUGCAACUGUUUACUACAGUCCCGCAAUUUUUAAAGCAGCUGGUAUUGAGGAUGAAUCAAAACUUCUGGCUGCUACAGUUGCUGUGGGAAUCAGCAAAACAGCAUUUAUACUAAUAGCCAUCAUUCUAAUUGACAAAGUCGGACGAAAGCCAUUGCUCUAUGUGAGCACGAUUGGUAUGACUACAUGUUUGUUUGGCGUGGGGAUCACUCUACUUUUAAUGAAAGAAGGAUCAAUUAGCAUCGCGCUAGCCAUACUAUUCGUUUGUGGGAACGUUGCAUUCUUCUCAGUGGGGAUUGGUCCAGUCUGUUGGGUUUUAACAUCAGAAAUCUUUCCGUUAAGGGUUCGUGCUCAAGCAUCAGGGCUCGGAGCAGUAGGUAAUAGAAUGUGCAGUGGCCUGAUCGCGAUGUCUUUUCUCUCUGUUUCGCGAAAUAUUACUGUUGGUGGAACCUUCCUAAUCUUUUCAGUGACAUCUUUACUAUCUGUUGCAUUUGUCUAUAAACACGUGCCAGAAACGAAAGGCAAAUCAUUGGAGCAGAUAGAGUUGUUGUUCCAGGAUGAAUAUGCAUUUCAAGGAGGUGAAGUGCAACUUGGAGAUGUUGAACAUCUAGUGCAGAAGUGAAACAAAAUACACUGAUUGAAUUAUUUUUUUUCAUUUGAGUGGUGAAGUAUUGGAGAGGCUAUUUUCAUGUGGCUAUCUGGAAAUGCCACUACAAGCUUCUCCUUUGGGCGACUGAGGAGAAGCCGCGGAGAUCACACGAUACAUCUCUUACUUAUAGUGAGACAGACAUAAAUAUCGAUGUCUGAGACAGGAUAUGUAACACGUAUUUAUCGAAAGAAUCCCAAGUAGCAGAUCCCUGUUGAACAUAUUUCAAAAUAUCUAUUGUUUUAUUGGUUAAAUGAAAUGAUGAAGGUUACUUCUUUGGCUGCAAA